CCAUAUUUUUCAAAUCCUCGAAACAGUCCCAAAAGCACACAGUUUGGUGAGCUCAAGCAAAGCAAUGGAUGUCCCUAAGGAUCAAAUCGCUAUGCUCCUCGAGCACGGCCUCUACAGCUCAGCUCAGAUGCUCGGUUGUUUUCUCGUUUCAUCACCUGCUGCUAAUGCCGAAACCAGUCCGCACCUCAAGGCCGAGAGCCUGGUGCUUCUCGGUGACGCAUUGUUCCGGGAGCGGGAGUAUCGCAGAGCAAUCAAUACUUACAAGCAAGGCUUGCAAUAUUACAAGAUCAUUCCUAAACAGAAUUCAACAACUUCUAGAAGUUCAUUGCCAUCAAACAGGUCAUCUUCUCCAAAUUCUUUUAACAUCUCAGCAAUUAAUGAAAAUGAGGUGAGGUUCAAAAUCGCAUCUUGUCACUGUGCACUAAGUGAGAACAGAGCAGCUCUUGCUGAGAUGGAGGGAAUUCCAGGCAAAGCAAGAAAUCUGCAGAUGCAUCUGUUGAUGGGAAAGCUUUAUCGAAACUCUAGACAUACCCGUCCGGCUAUUACUUGUUACAAAGAGUGUUUAAGGCAUUGCCCUUAUGUCCUUGAAGCUAUUACAGCUCUAGCAGAACUGGGAGCUACAGUCAAGGACAUUAUUUCGUUGUUUCCUCAGACUCCAAAUAGAAGCGGGAGGGCUUCAUUUGAGCAUUUUGACCCAAGCCGUUGGCUGCAACGCUAUGUUGAGGCCCAAUGUUGUGUUGCAUCAAACGAUUACAAAGGUGGUUUGGAGCACUUUGCAGAUCUUUUACUGCGUUUUCCUAAUAACAUACACUUAUUACUUGAAAUUGCGAAGAUUGAAGCCAUUAUUGGAAAGAAUGAUGAGGCCAUAAUGAAUUUUGAAAAGGCUCGAUUGAUCGAUCCAUACGUUGUAACUUAUAUGGAUGAGUAUGCAAUGCUUCUAAAGAUGAAGUCUGAUUAUUCGAAGCUAAACAAGUUAGCACAUGAUUUGCUGAGUAUUGAUCCUACAAGGCCAGAGGUUUUUGUAACACUGUCUGUGAUGUGGGAAAGGAAAGAUGAGAGAGUAGCUUUGUCUUAUGCUGACAAGAGCAUCCGAAUUGAUGAGAGGCACAUACCAGGUUAUAUUUUGAAGGGUAACCUGCUGUUAACAGCAAAGCAGGCAGAAGCUGCUGUAGUUGCUUUCAGGGGAGCUCUAGAACUGAGACCUGACAUUCGUUCAUAUCAAGGUUUGGUUCAUUCUUAUUUGGCUUUCUCUAAAACCAAAGAGGCUUUGUAUGCUGCCAGGGAGGCGAUGAAGGCAAUGCCUCAAUCUGCCAAGGCGCUUAAAUUAGUUGGGGAUGUUCAUGCUAGUAACUCUAGUGGCAGAGAGAAGGCAAAAAAGUUCUAUGAGUCAGCACUUAGGCUGGAACCUGGUUACCUAGGAGCCGCUUUAGCUUUGGCCGAGCUCCAUGUUAUUGAAGGUCGAAAUGGAGAUGCUGUCUCUCUGCUUGAACGAUAUCUCAAGGAUUGGGCUGACGACUCCCUUCACGUUAAACUUGCUCAAGUAUUUGCUGCCACAAAUAUGCUUCAAGAUGCUCUGUCACAUUAUCAGGCUGCAUUGAGGAUAAACUCACAGAAUGAAGCUGCAAAAAAAGGGUUGGAACGCUUAGAGAAACAAAUGAAGGGUGUGGAUCCGGAUGCACCUGAAGAAGAUGAAGAAAACGAGGUUGAGGAUGCUGAUGGAGAUCAAGAAGAGCCCGAUCUUUUAUGAGUAAAAGUUUAGACAAGAUUUUGCAAAGCUUGCAAAAACGAAGACCACACUCACACAGUUUAUCUGGCUGUAAAUGUGUGAGCAACAUGUAGAGUGAGAGAUCUGCGGCGGUGCCCUGCUAGUAACUUGUGACUCACAAUUACAGAUCCCACUUUAGAGAACCGGGAAAUUUAAAUUAUCAUACAAAAAGCUUGGAUUUUAACUCAUAUGACAAGGUUACAUUGAUGUAUUCUGUGGGCUGGAUGUUGAUGUAUCUUUGAGGACACUGCUUAAAGCAGAAAGGAAAGGAAGAUACUUAUUUUGAACAUAAAAUCUUCGGAAAAUUUCAAGUA